AUGCGGGGCCCUCUGUGCGUUUUGCCCGUGCUGUUGAUCGUGAUUGUCGCUGUGGAUGUGACAAGAGGACUAGACGAAAAGUCGUCCCUGUCCGCGCCAGCGAGCGAGUGUGAAGUGGUGGCGGUCUCCGAGGGCACGCCUGUCGGCUCGGAGAUUUACGUCUUCCGCCUGCCGUCCUUCGUCAGUAACGUCACCGUGGUGUCUCCUCAGGAGGCCGUGCUGGAGGACUGGGGCGUCAGGGUGGACACAGACAGUGGACAGGUGAUUGCCAUAGGACGGCUGGACCGUGAGGAGAGGGACUGGGUACAGAUAGACGCCUUCAUCACGGAUUACUCUACUGUAGACGUCGAACCCCAGUUCGUAAGUGUGUGCCUGAACAUCACAGACGAGAAUGACUGUGCCCCCGAGUGGACCAUGGAGCCGUACCCGUACUUGGCGGCGGUUACUCCCGGCUCCCCGCCCGGUACACUUGUCUACCGGCUAACGGCGCACGACGCGGACCUGUACCCUAACAACGUCUUCUCGUAUUACGAGAUGGCAGGAAGGAGUCAAUACUUCCAGCUAGACGCCGCCAACGGCACCAUCACCACACGGGGCCGUCCGCUGGUCGCGGAUCAGGAGUAUGACAUCACGGUGAUGGCCCAGGACACGGCCGGGAACCAGAGCCCCAGGGUUACCGUGUCCAUCCUGGCCGGCAGGCGGCCUCCACAGUUCUACCAGCAGCAGUACACAGUGGACGUGUACGAGAACCAACCAGUGGGCACCAUAGUCCUCACAGUCCAAGCCAAGUCGUUUGCGGACUUGCCAGUCACCUACAGUUUCGUGGGAGGGGGGUCUUCGCCCUUCUCCCUCCACGACAGCACCGGAGCCAUGACUGUGGUCAGGCCGCUCAACUAUGACGCCAUGCCCCACACCUUCUACCUCAAUGUGUUAGCAACGGAAGUUGGAUUUGAGGGAAUGGCUAGCAUUCGACAGCUGGUCGCCGCCGAGGCCGAAGGCGAUGUAGGCGGGACGGGACGUGGGGACGCCCGGUACCUAUCAGCUGUGAUAUCGGACUGGAGGAGCUCGCACAGAGACCCGUGA